GCGCGGCUUUUGUUUCAUUUUAGCCGCCUUUGAUAAAGUAUAAAUAGACUACUGAAGAGCUCAAGAGCAACCGAGGGAUCAAGUGUGCUUCCUUUUUCAGGACUUAGGGUUUGGUUUACGGUCACACGCGCAAGCUCCUGCUUUUGCAUUGGGUUACCUUCUCUUACUUCUUCCUUCGGCAGUAAUUGAUCGUUUUAUAGGGUUUGAGAGAUGGUUGCUAUUUACGUUUUUUCUUUUAGAAACUAUUAUAUUUUGUUAGGGCCUGGUUAGAUUGACGGGGAUUUUUUAUUUUAUUUGCUGAACUCUUAUGCGUAAAAGUGAAUAGCUCUAAUUUAUUUAUAUGUGGAAACUUGAUUAUGUUUUUAUUCAGUAGUGGUAGAAUGACAAUGCGUUAAAGAUUGAAUCAUUUGAUUCAUUACUUCAAAUUUGAUACCUAUUACCAGUGAAAGAUGACUCUGUCGGAUGAAGAAAUCAAAAGGCUUUUCAGAAUCAGGAAGACAGUGAUGCAGAUGCUGAAGGAUCGGGGUUAUUUUGUUGGAGAUUUUGAAAUUAACAUGACCAAAGAGCAGUUCCUCUCGAAAUAUGGUGAAAACAUGAAAAGGGAGGACCUGGUUAUCAAUAAAGCAAUGCGAAACAAUAGCUCUGAUCAGAUUUAUGUUUUCUUUCCCGACGAACAAAAAGUUGGCGUUAAGACAAUGAAGACCUAUACCAAUCGUAUGAAAUCAGAGAAUGUGUUCAGAGCUAUAUUGGUGGUUCAACAGAACUUGACCCCCUUUGCACGAACAUGUAUAAAUGAGAUCUCUGCAAAAUUCCAGUUAGAAGUUUUCCAGGAGGCAGAGCUUUUAGUCAACAUCAAAGAACAUGUGCUUGUUCCUGAGCAUCAGGUGCUUACUAAUGAAGAGAAGAAAACAUUGCUGAAGAGGUACACAGUGAAGGAAACACAACUCAGUUGCCGCGCAUUCAAGUGACUGAUCCAAUUGCAAGAUACUAUGGGCUGAAGCGUGGACAAGUUGUGAAGAUUAGCCGGCCAAGUGAGACUGCUGGCCGAUAUAUCACCUAUCGAUAUGUUGUAUAAUUUUUUGUUUAUUAGGUGUAGUAAUUACUUAAAUUUAGCAUCAAAUACUAGACUUGAACUGAAGUUCUUUUAUCAUGGCUUGCCUCAAAAUGCAAAGCAAAACUGUUGAGUUUUGGACCUUAAGACAACCUGCCAAAUCUAAUGUCGGUAGAAGGAAAGGAAUGGCAAUUACAGUUUUGGUGUCAUUUUCAUAAUUGAAUAGUUUGAACGUUA